AUGGUCCUCGCCUCUGAGCCAGAAUUCGAACAAGCCCGCAACGAACUCGCGAGCUGCAUCGCACCCUUCCUCGAGAAGCACCCCGAAUAUGCCACUGCUUUCGAGAUUGUUCAGGUCCCCGAGCGUGUCAUCCAGUUCCGCGUCGUUUGGGAAGAUGACCAAGGAAAGCCACAUGUCCAACGGGAUACCGAGUCCAGUUCAACUCUUCCCUUGGUCCAUACAAAGUUCCUCGGCUUUGAGCAAAUCUUUAAGAAUGCACUCACUGGCAUCAACAUGGGUGGUGGAAAGGGUGGAUCCGACUUUGAUCCAAAGGGCAAGAGUGACAAUGAGAUUCGCCGAUUCUGCUAUGCGUUUAUGCAAGAGUUGAGCCGACACAUUGGUGCGGAUACCGAUGUACCGGCUGGUGACAUUGGUACCGGUGGACGCGAGAUUGGUUUCCUCUUUGGUGCUUAUAAGAAACUCCGCAACGAGUGGGUUGGUGUGCUCACCGGAAAGGGACCGACAUGGGGUGGCUCCUUCACUCGCCCAGAAGCCACGGGUUAUGGCCUCAUCUACUAUUGCCAGGAGAUGAUCCCAUACCUCAACCCCACCAACUCUUCUUCGGGCAUCUCGUUCUCGAACCCAGAGACCAAGGUCCUCAUCUCCGGAAGCGGCAACGUCGCACAAUAUGCUGCCCUCAAGGUCCUCGAACUCGGUGCCAAGGUCAUGAGCUUGUCCGACUCCAAGGGCGCCCUGAUCGCCUGCGACGACAAGGGAUUCACAAAGGAGGAUAUCGAAAAGAUUGCCGCCCUCAAGCUCAAGCAAGGUGUCCUCGACGCCGUCGUCCGUGAUGGUCUCGAAUGGCAUGCCGGCAAGCGCCCAUGGACGCUCGUCGCACAAGCCGACAUUGCGCUCCCAUGCGCAACGCAAAACGAAGUGUCAGAGGAAGAAGCCCACGCCCUCCUCAAAGCCGGCGUCCGUCUCGUCGCAGAGGGCUCGAACAUGGGCUGCACACAAGAGGCCAUUGACGUCUUUGAAGCCUCUCGUCGCGCAGGUGGCGAAAGUGCCGUCUGGUACGCACCCGGCAAGGCUUCCAACUGCGGAGGUGUCGCCGUCUCGGGACUCGAAAUGGCCCAAAACUCUGCACGUCUCCAGUGGACGACGGAGGAGGUCGACGACAAGCUCAAGGGCAUCAUGCAGCGAUGCUUUGCCACGACCUACAAGGUUGGCGCAGAGUACAGCGUCGAGCAAGGCAGCAGCGUCUUGCCGAGUUUGGUCGUCGGUGCCAACAUUGCUGGCUUCAAGAAGGUUGCCGACGCGAUGAGGGAGCAUGGCGAUUGGUGGUAA